AAAGCUUUCAACAUUAUGAGCCAGUGAAGUGUAUCUGUCGGACAGUGGCGUGAAAAUGGCGGUGUAAAAUGGCAGGACGUAGAUCGACGUUGACAAAUGCCGAUUCCCUGUCGGGAUCUGGAAACACAGAUCCUCUGAGGGAACUCUUCGAAGCAUGUAAAACCGGAGACCUCGCGAGGGUGAAGGCGUUGGUUACACCGAAGACGGUCAAUGCUCGAGACACUGCCGGACGCAAGUCCACCCCCCUGCAUUUUGCAGCUGGUUAUGGUAGGAGAGAUGUGGUAGAAUUCCUGCUUUCUGCUGGAGCAUCCAUUCAAGCACGUGACGAUGGGGGUUUACAUCCCUUGCAUAACGCUUGUUCUUUUGGACAUUCUGAUGUUGUAAGACUUCUCUUAGAAGCAGGAGCUAAUCCUAACACUAGAGACAAUUGGAAUUAUACUCCUUUGCAUGAAGCUGCGAUCAAAGGUAAAAUAGACGUGUGUAUUGCUCUGCUACAACAUGGAGCAGAUGCUAAUAUCAGAAAUACAGAAGGGAAGACAGCAUUAGAAUUGGCAGAUCCUGCAACUAAACCAGUAUUAACAGGAGAAUACAAAAAGGAUGAAUUGUUAGAAGCAGCAAGAUCAGGUUUAAAUGUAAAUUGCCAUGCAAGUGAUGGCAGAAGAUCUACCCCUUUGCAUUUAGCUGCUGGAUACAACAGAUCUAGAGUUGUGCAAAUUUUAUUGCAAAAUGGUGCAGAUGUACAUGCAAAAGAUAAAGGAGGUCUUGUUCCACUUCACAAUGCUUGCUCAUAUGGUCACUUUGAGGUAACUGAAGCACUUCUAAAACACGGUGCAGCAGUUAAUGCCAGCGAUUUGUGGGCGUUUACUCCACUACAUGAAGCUGCUAGCAAAUCUAGAGCCGAGGUGUGCUCGUUACUUUUAAGCGAGGGUGCCGAUCCAACUCAAUUAAACUGCCACAGUAAAAGCGCCAUUGAUGUAGCUCCAACAUUUGAAUUACAACAAAGAUUGGCAUACGAAUACAAGGGACACUGCCUCUUGGAUGCCUGCAGGCAGGCAGAUCUUACUAAGUUAAAAAAGUACCUAUCCCAAGAAGUUGUAAACUUUAAACACCCAUACACUGGGGAUACACCACUGCACUGUGCCGUUGCAUCUCCUUAUCCCAAGAGAAAACAAGUAAUAGAAUCAUUGAUUAGGAAAAAUGCUGCCUUAAAUGAGAAAAAUAAAGACUUUUUAACAUCUCUUCACGUUGCCACUGAUCAUUCUCACUAUGAUGCAAUGGAUGUGCUACUUAGACAUAAUGCAAAAGUCAAUGCUUUAGAUGGAUUAGGGCAAACUGCACUACACAGGUGUGUUAGAGAAGACAAUGUGCAAGCUUGCAGAAUAUUGUUAUCAUACAGUAUUGAUCCAUCUAUAGUAUCACUUCAGGGCUAUACUGCAGCCCAAGUAGCUGCAGAAAAUGUCCUUAAAAUAUUACAAGAUCCACCGAGCGGGACGGACGAUGCGGAAGCACAACUGUUGGAAGCGAGCAAAUCUGGUGACCUAGCGGCAGUUGAGAGAAUAUUACGAACAAAUCCACUUGCUGUUAAUUGUCGCGACGAAUAUUUAUUGGCACAUGGAGCAGAUGUACACGCCAAAGAUAAAGGUGGACUUGUUCCCUUACACAAUGCCUGCUCUUAUGGUCAUUACGAAGUAACGGAAUUGUUAGUAAAACAUGGUGCAUCGGUAAACGUCGCGGAUUUAUGGAAAUUUACACCACUUCACGAAGCUGCAGCUAAAGGAAAAUACGAUAUUGUUCGUUUAUUACUAAGACACGGUGCGGAUGCUACUAAAAAGAAUAGAGAUGGAGCAACACCUUUGGAUCUAGUAAGAGACGGCGAUCAAGACGUGGCUGAUUUAUUACGAGGGAACAGUGCACUUUUAGACGCAGCUAAGAAAGGAAAUUUAGCGAGAGUACAGCGGCUCGUUACACAAGACAAUAUUAAUUGUAGGGAUGCACAAGGCCGUAAUAGUACUCCAUUACACUUAGCUGCGGGAUACAAUAAUUUGGAAGUAGCGGAAUUUUUGCUUGAGCGUGGGGCAGAUGUGAAUGCUCAAGAUAAAGGAGGAUUGAUACCUUUGCACAAUGCUUCGAGUUAUGGUCAUUUAGAUAUCGCUGCAUUACUCAUUAAAUAUAAUACCGUAGUAAACGCUACUGACAAAUGGGGCUUUACACCACUUCAUGAGGCAGCACAGAAGGGAAGGACGCAGCUGUGUGCCCUUUUACUGGCACAUGGCGCGGAUCCUUUCUCGAAAAAUCAAGAAGGACAAACUCCUCUGGAUCUAGCUAGCGCUGACGAUGUGAGAUGCUUAUUGCAAGAUGCUAUGGCUUCACAGCAAAUAGUACCAUCAAUACCAUCUGGUAACACUGGCGUUGGAGUUGCCAUUAACUUAAGUAGUAAUGGUAAUAAUACUAUUAACAGUAGGCCACCCAGCAUCGUUGCGGUUCCAGUUACACCACCGCCUCCGCUCACUCAAGAAACUGUUAUCAUGCCUUCUGGAACAGCUAUGACUUUGUGUGUACCACUUGCAAGACCGUCUUCUUGUUUGAGCCCAAUGCCACCAUCCGAGACCUGCUCCGAAAGGGAUUCCAAAGAUUCUAAAGACAACUCAAAUAUCACAACCGUGGCUGGUUUUCUUCAGAGCCUUGGUUUAGAACAUUUAUUAGAAUUGUUCGAACGUGAACAGAUCACGUUAGACAUAUUAGCGGAGAUGGGUCACGAGGACCUAAAGCAAGUUGGAGUGUCCGCUUAUGGUUAUAGACACAAGUUAAUCAAAGGCAUGGAGAAGCUUCUAAAUACGACUGCUGGCACGCCUUGGCAACCGACCAUUACACCUGGAACGCUAUUAGUGGAUCUGUUAGCAGAGGACAAGGAAUUUCUAGCUGUCGAAGAAGAAAUGCAAAGUACCAUUAGACAGCAUAGAGAUAAUGGCCAUUCUGGUGGUAUAUUUUCUCGAUAUAAUAUAGUUAGGAUACAAAAAGUGCAAAACCGAAAAUUGUGGGAACGUUAUGCGCAUAGAAGACAGGAAGUUGCAGAGGAAGUUGGUGCGGCAGCUCCAUCCUCUCCUAGCACUGGUUCCCGGACCACUCCUGGAUCAAGUCUGCCGCAGGCGAAUGAGAGGAUGUUGUUUCACGGUAGUCCGUUUAUUAACGCCAUCGUUCAAAAGGGAUUCGACGAACGACAUGCGUACAUCGGUGGUAUGUUCGGCGCUGGAAUUUAUUUUGCCGAGCACAGUAGCAAAAGUAAUCAAUACGUAUAUGGAAUAUGUGGAGGCACUGGAUGCCCAGCACAUAAGGAUCGAAGUUGUUAUAUCUGCCAUAGACAUUUGUUACUCUGUCGUGUCACACUGGGAAAGUCAUUUUUGCAAUUCUCCGCGAUGAAGAUGGCUCACGCACCACCAGGACACCAUAGUGUAAUGGGCAGACCGUCUCAAGGUGGUUUAGCCUUCCCCGAAUAUGUUGUUUAUAGAGGCGAACAAGCAUAUCCGGAAUAUCUUAUCACGUACCAAGAGGGGAAACCCAAACAAAAGUCUGGAACAAAUAGACAAAAAAAAGUUUGA